AUGUUCAAACCCGCAAGAUUGGGUCUAUUGGCCAUUCUCUCUUUGAUCGUUCUCGUUAUUCACCUACCAGGGGCUUUAUCGACGCCAUUGGAGAUUUCCCCGCGUUCCUCUGACCACGAAUUUGGGCCCGGAAAACGGGGAGCCGUUGCGAGUGAAAGCUCAAUCUGCUCAGGACAUGGUACCAAAAUUCUGGAAAUGGGUGGCAAUGCUGCCGAUGCUCUCAUUGCGACUGAGUUUUGCGUGGGAGUGAUUGGAAUGUAUCACAGCGGAAUCGGCGGCGGUGGCUUCAUGCUUGUCCGAUCACCCAACGGCACUGAUGAAUUUAUUGACUUCCGUGAGACGGCCCCAGCGGCGGCCUUUCAGGAUAUGUACAAAAAUAAUACCGACGCAUCUCUUUAUGGUGGACUUGCAAGUGGUGUUCCCGGUGAGGUUCGAGCUCUAGAGCAUGUGCAUAAGAAAUAUGGCUCUCUGCCUUGGUCAACAUUAGUGAAGCCCGCAAUCCACACCGCGCGGGAUGGAUUCCCAGUGACUCCUGAUUUGGUCAAAUAUAUGAAUUCUGCAGUGGGCACCGGAGAAGACUUCUUGUCUAAAGAUCCAAAUUGGGCUCUCGACUUCGCUCCAAACGGGACCCGGCUGGGCCUGGGGGACAUCAUUACCCGCAAGCGCUACGCUAAUACACUGGAAGCCAUUGCAGAGGGUGGGGCUGCUGCAUUCUACUCGGGUGCAAUUGCUGAGAACACCAUCAAAGCAUUACAAGCAUCAAAUGGUACUAUGACCCUUGAAGACUUGGAAAAUUAUUCGAUUGAAAUCCGCAAUACGUCUCAGAUUGACUAUCGUGGAUAUACUGUCACCAGUACCACGACACCCUCGAGUGGGUCUGUCGCGUUGAGCAUUCUCAAAAUUUUGGACACAUACCGUGGCCUCUUUUCCGAUGAGAAGGCAUUGAACCUGAGUACUCACCGCUUAGACGAGGCCAUUCGCUUUGGCUAUGGCGAGAGAACCGAGCUUGGUGACCCUUCAUUUGUGAAGGGUAUGGCGGAGUAUGAACGCGAUAUGUUGAAAAAGUCAACGAUUGCCGAUAUUCGAUCUAAGAUUUCGGAUACGCAUACUCUGAACGUUUCCGCAUAUGAUCCGUCGGGUCUGGAAAGUUUAGAUACGCCAGGAACCUCCCACAUCGCGACAGCGGACCAUACUGGCAUGGCAAUCUCAGUUAUCACCACUAUCAACACACUAUUCGGAAGCCAGGUCCUAGUCCCGGAGACUGGUAUCAUUAUGAACAAUGAGAUGAACGAUUUCUCAAUUCCCGGGUCCUCGAAUUCCUUUGGGUACAUCCCCUCUGAGGCCAACUAUAUCCGACCGGGCAAGCGGCCCCUCUCUUCUAUUACACCCGCCAUCGUGACAAAGAAGGACGGAUCACUUGUGCUGGUGACUGGAAGUGCUGGUGGCAGUCGAAUUAUCACAGCUACUGUCCAGAACAUCAUUCACGUCAUUGACCAGGGGCUAUCAGCCGCUGAAGCGCUCGCCAAACCUCGUCUCCAUGAUCAGUUGGUUCCCAACCAAGUCACGUUUGAGUAUGCUUAUGACAACUCAACUGUUGCUUUCAUGAAAAGCCUUGGUCAUAAUGUCUCAUGGGUGGCUCCUGGACAGAGCACUGCACAGGCCAUCCGGGUCUUGCCUAAUGGCACAUUCGAUGCCGCCGGAGAACCCCGACAGCUUUCUUCGGCUGGUUAUUCUGUGCCAUAA